AUGGAGGCGAGAGGAGGAGGAGGGCCGUGUAAUUCUUCAACCGGCAAGAAGAAGACCGAUCAGAAGUCGUACAAGGGGAUACGGAUGAGGAAGUGGGGGAAGUGGGUGGCGGAGAUUAGGGAGCCGAAUAAGCGGUCGAGAAUUUGGCUAGGUUCUUAUUCUACGCCGGUUGCUGCAGCCCGAGCGUACGACACCGCCGUGUAUUACCUCCGUGGGCCAUCGGCGAGGCUGAAUUUCCCGGAAUUAUUGGCGUCCGAUGGGCUGCUGGGUGAGUUAUCUGCGGCGUCGAUUCGGAAAAAAGCGAUAGAAGUUGGGGCGAGAGUGGAUGCAGAGACGAGUUGUAAGUCGUUGCAUAUGAGUGGUACGCAGGAACCGGCUUUUGAACUGAAGCCGUGUAGUUGUGGGUUUCAGGAGAAACCCGACUUGAACAAAGAACCCGAACCCGAAGACCCAGAUGGGGAUUAUUCGUGA